AUCUCCCUUCCCCUCGAAGCUGCCUGCACGCAGCGCCGGCAAUCCCUCCUCCUCCCGCCGGCGCCGCCGCUCGCCAGCCGCCAACCCUCCCCUAUAAAUCCUCCGCUUCGCCACGCACCUCCUCAGAUCUCCACGCAAACCGCCACACGCGCUUAAUCAUCGCCUGCUAGCUUCUUGCUUCAACCAAGAGACAGAGAGCCGAGCCGACUAAUCCAGCCAGCCAGCCAGCCAAGAACCCCGCCCGCGCCCUGUCCAUGGAAGUGGCUUCGCCGGCGAGGGCGGGGAAGAAGACCAUGGUGACGGCGUGGCCGUACGUGGAGUACAUGGCGCAGUGGGAGCGGAAGGUGGAGCGACGGCAGCUGUUCCUGCGGAGCUACCACUUCUCUCGCGACGCCGAGGUCUCGACGCGCGGGCGCACGAGCCGCGUUGUCUGGGCCGGGGCGCGACGCCUGCGCCGGGCCGCCGCCAAGGGGCUCCGACGGCUCCGGGCGCGCAUCUGCCUCUGCUUCGGCUGGGCCGCGCCGGCGCUCCGCCGACGCUCCUAUCCCCGCCGUGGCGGCGUCCACGGGUUCCCCUACGGCCGCAUCCCCCACGGAAAGGCGCCGCCGGCCGCGAACGCCGCGUCCGUCUGCUUCUGGUAGCAGCCGGCCAGGUCGCGAGCGGCGGCGUGGAGCUAGAGUGGAAAGAAAGCCAAGGCGGCAGCACACAUGUUGGCUUCUACUGUAUGUAUGUGAACGGAGCACAGCUAAGUAUAGAAGCUAGUAUGGCAAGGACAAGUGAGAUUCAGUGGUGCUAACUGCAUUUGCAGAAGCUGGGUUCCACUAACAUGUAAAGAUUUUUGUUUGUUUGUUUGACUAUUCAGUAUAUAAUUUGGACAUUUGAUCGCUGA